CUCAUCUCCCCCCCCCCGCUUAUCCUCAACAGUGUUACACGUAACUAUUUGGACUGGUUAACUACUUUACCAUGGGGUAUAACCAGCGAGGAACAUUUGGACCUGGCCUCUGCUCGUCGCAUCCUCGAUGAGGAUCAUUACGGUAUGGAGGACGUGAAGAAACGCAUUUUGGAAUUUAUUGCGGUCAGCCAGUUGAAGGGUACAACACAGGGCAAGAUUCUGUGCUUUUAUGGACCGCCUGGCGUCGGUAAGACGAGUAUCGCCCGAUCGAUUGCUCGCGCAUUGAAUCGAAAGUAUUUCCGUUUUUCAGUUGGCGGUAUGUCAGACGUGUCAGAGAUCAAAGGUCAUCGCCGUACAUACGUUGGUGCGAUGCCCGGGAAAAUCAUCCAAUGUUUAAAGAAGACUAAGACAGAAAACCCGUUAGUUCUCAUUGAUGAAAUUGACAAACUUGGUAGAGGCUGGCAAGGUGAUCCAGCCAGUGCACUGCUGGAAUUACUUGACCCGGAACAGAAUGCCAACUUCCUUGAUCACUAUUUGGAUGUGACUGUUGAUUUGAGUCGUGUGUUGUUCAUUACCACCGCCAACCAGUUGGAAACGAUUCCCGAACCUUUGCGUGAUCGCAUGGAAAUGAUUGAAGUGUCCGGUUAUGUGGAAAAUGAAAAGCUAGAGAUUGCACGGGUACGUCUCUUCCGCCCGCUAUAUAAGCAUCGUAGAGAUGCGGUUUUAAUGACGAUCUUUGAACAACUCAUCUGA